GUCGAAUGAUAAGGCGACGGGGUUCGUUUAGGGUUUAUCUUCUUCCAUUAGUUCUGCGCCGCGACCUUAUUUUGCAGGUAAGCCAUGGUUAAGCAUAACAAUGUUAUCCCUAAUGGCCAUUUCAAGAAGCAUUGGCAGAACUAUGUGAAGACAUGGUUCAAUCAGCCAGCUAGGAAGACUAGAAGAAGAAUCGCUCGUCAGAAGAAGGCUGUGAAGAUUUUCCCCCGACCCACUGCUGGACCUCUUCGUCCAGUUGUUCAUGGACAGACAUUGAAAUACAACAUGAAACUUAGGGCUGGCAGGGGCUUUUCCCUGGAGGAGUUGAAGGCAGCUGGAAUCCCAAAGAAGCUUGCACCAACCAUUGGCAUAUCUGUUGACCAUCGCCGUAAGAACCGAUCUUUGGAGAGCCUUCAAGCUAAUAUUCAAAGGCUGAAGACUUACAAGGCCAAGUUGGUUGUCUUCCCAAGACGUGCACGCAAAUUCAAGGCUGGUGAUUCUGCUCCAGAGGAACUGGCCAAUGCCACCCAGGUCCAGGGAGAGUUCUUGCCUAUUACGCGCGAGAAGCCAACUGUUGAGCUUGUCAAGGUUACUAAUGAGUUGAAAUCAUUCAAGGCAUAUGACAAGCUUAGACUAGAGCGCACAAACAAACGCCAUUUGGGUGCUAGGCUGAAGAAGGCAGCAGAGGCUGAGAAGGAAGAUAAGAAGUAGAGAAUUUUGGACCUAUUAGGCAGCUUUUUAAAACUAUUUUGUUUAGCAAAUUUUGCAUUUCGGUUGCAGACUCUGUUUACUGGACCUGUUUAAAUUUCAUUAAUCUUAAUUGUUUGUUAUGUCAGUUGAGGAAUCUUAAAUGGUUGUGGUUUCACUGUUUUUUGUUCAA